CCAGAACUCUUCUUUCCAAGUGCUCUCCUUCCUCCACCGUGGGUAACGGAUCCGCGCCGGGAUUUCCUUUCAAAGGUGACUUAUAACCUCUUCAUUAGGGUAGAUCUCUCCUGGGCACUAAUGGCGUGUUUGGCAGAGUCAGCGAAAUGCUGUUUGUGAGUUCGUUUUGAGUGAGGGGGAGCUCUCAGCUCAAAGGGAGGAAAAUAAACAGUGUCAUUCGCCGCAAGACGCCGCAUCGGGCACGACAGCCGGCGUCCGCCGCUGCUGCAGCUGCGUGUGGGGCGGGCAGUGCGGGCCAAUGCGCACAGCUAACAGGUGCCAUGGAGUUGAAAAAGGAAAACUGUGAAAUAACCAUAGAUAUGCUCCUUAUAGUUCACUCCGAGAAGAGACGGACUGUGCAGAGAGACAGACCGACGGAUCCGGCCACUUCGCUGCAGUGCCGAGGCUUCCAGGGAAUCGGAAAUGGAAACCGAAGACGGCACAAAUUUGAAGGAAAGGAUCUUCACGGAAACGUGGCCCAGACACAGCACCAGCAGCAGACACAAGUCAUCACGUCCUAUGACAACCAAGGAACUCACCUAACUGUGGAGAUACACCCCCGAAACAAAACACCCCAGCUCCUGAAGAAAUUCUCCUUUGACAAACGUUUCCAAGGCGAUAGGAAUGGAAACACAAGACCACAACAGCCAGGAAGGAAAGAUGCUCAUGCUUAUCCCUGGGAUCGGUCUAGUCUGAAAUCCAUGUCAUUAGACCUAAGACAGUUUGAAAAACUCGAUGCAUAUGCCUCCAAGGUGAAUGUCAAGUCUAGUUUGGAAGAACUCGUGAAAGACUUGCUCCAGGAAGCUCAUACAGAUCUGGAGAAAGUCAGAGCCAUUUGGAUAUGGAUAUGCCACCACAUAGAGUACGAUAUUGUGGCUGCCCAGGAGAAGGAUCGCCGAUCCUACAAGCCCACUGACAUCCUGCAGAGCCAGAAGAGCAACUGUGAUGGCUAUGCGGAGCUCUUUGAGAAAAUGUGCAGGAUUGCAGGGGUGCAUUGCAUGACAGUGGCCGGAUAUUCCAAGGGCUAUGGCUACCAAACUGGACAGAGUUUUUCAGGGGAAUAUGACCACGCCUGGAACGCAGUUUACCUGGAAGGAAGAUGGCAUCUAUUGGACAGCACUUGGGGAAGUGGCUUGGUGGAUCCUGCUACCACCAAAUUUACCUUCAUAUACAAUGAAUUUUAUUUCCUCACCCACCCUGCCCUGUUCAUCGAGGACCACUUCCCGGACAACAAGAACUGGCAACUCCUGAAACCUGUCCAGUCUCUAAGACAAUUUGAGACCAACAUGUACCAUAAGAGUGAAUUUUACAACAAAGGAAUGCUGGCAGCACACCCCGAGACAUCAGUCAUCAAGACAGUAAAUGGAAAAGCCACCAUUUCCAUUGAGAGCUGUUCUCCAACACUCUUCAUGUUCAUGCUCAAUGGAAAACAGGAAAAUGGUAUAAUGACUUUCAAGAAGAAUGGGAUGAAGCUGGAGGUAUACCCCCAGACCACUGGUACCCACAAGUUACAGAUCUUUGCUAAAGGCACCUCAGACCUCUACAGCUCUGUGCUGGAAUAUACCCUGGAGUGCAACUCAGUAGACAGGAGCAUCCAGCUUCCUUCUGAACUCCACCAGCCUGUGGGUCCCAGCUGGUUCUCUGAGCAGGCAGGCAUUCUGAAGCCUUCACACCCUGAUCCCAUCAUCCAUACCAAGGAUGGGCGCUGCUCCAUCAGCUUUGGGGUGGAGGAGGGCAUCAGUGUCUUAGCCUCAUUACAUGGCGAUGAAAAAAUAACCGAGGAGACACAACGACGUUACAUCUUCCAGCUCCAUGGGGAAAAAAGAACAGAGCUGAAAGUCCAACUCCCUUAUGCAGGGAAAUUUGCCCUGAAAAUCUUUGCCAAGAAGAGAAUGGAUCCAGGUAACUAUGUCUUCAUCUUCAAUUACCUCCUCUGUUGCUCUAAUACUAAAGUGAAAUGGCCCGUGUUCCCAGAGAGUUUUGGCAACUGGGGUCAGGACAAUGAGCUUCUGGAGCCUCUGUCUGGGGUGCUGCCAGCCAACCGGAAUAUCCCAUUUAAACUGAAGCUUCAUGGGGUAGCAGAAGCAUUAGUGAAAGGGCAGGACACAUGGCCUCUGACGCUGAGCCAGGAUGGCUACUGGGAGGGCACCUGUAACACUGCCGGCUGCCGAGAAGUUUACGUCAUGGUCUUGGAGAAUGCUAACCAUAACUUCUACUCCUACAUCCUGAAAUACAAAGUGACAGCCCAAUGACGAUCCUUGAUCUCCCUCUGCUCCUUCUUUUUGGAUGGACAUUUCUCAUUUUUCCAACUCAGCCAAGUUAGAAGAGUAGGCUGAGAAGAGAGAAAAGGAAGGGAAGAGAGAGAGAGAGAGAGAGAGAGAGAGAGAGAGAGAGAGAGAGAGAGAGAGAGACAGAGAGAGAGACAGAGAGAGAGACAGAGAGAGAGACAGAGAGAGACAGAGAGAGAGACAGAGAGAGACAGAGACAAGGGAUGGGAGCUAACAUAGACAGCAUCAUCAAGAAACAGAAAGGACCUGAAGCGCCAAUUUCUAGUCCUUAUUCUGCCUUGUGCAAACUCACUGAAUGAUCUUCAUAAAGUCACUUAUACACUCAGUAAUUCAGUCUUCCUUUUUGCAGAGGGGAUAAUGAUACUUAUACCCUAUUCACUUUUCAGGGAAGUUGUGAGAAUAACUGAUCGAGAUGAAGGUGCUUUAGAAGAAAAGGUGCUAUAUCCAUCCAAGGUUUUGUGAUCAUAAUAAAACCUUGUUAUAAUAUUGAAGUGGGGGAACAAGGAUAGUGACCAUGUUAUAGGGUUUCCUCAUUGUAAAGAGAGAAUUGCCCUUGAUGUUCGGGGUCCGUGAAAUGAUCAACAGUGUCAAUCAAAGGUAUUCAGUACCAAAGAACAGAAGCACAUCUUAUUAGUGUAGAGAAUUCUGGACUCACUGAAAACACACACACACACACACACACACACACACACACACACACACACACACUUCUCCCAAGUCCAACAAGACAGGUGCAAAGCUUCCAGACAGUAGCCCUUCUGCCCCAUUCCCUCUCCCUUUUGCCUCCCUUUGCUGGCAUCCAGACAAGACCCCUCAGGAUCAAGAAGGUCCACAUGAGACUCCUUUGUCUUCAUGGCCCCCCGAGGGCCCCACAAGGGUCAGAAGACACAAUCUCUGCCCUCCUUGACCUUGGAUUCUAUCUAAUGCAUUAAAAAUGGCAUCCUGAGAAAUGGGCCAGGAGACAAAACAGAGAGAUGAUGUCAGAAUGUACAGAAUGUAAACCUCAUUUAAAGGGACCCAGAAAUGAGUUAUACAUACACACACUUACACCACACACAUAACACACAGCUACUACAGUAAAAUCAUCAACUUAAUAUAGUCACACUCAAGAUUCUUACAUUUCUCUGUUCUCAGUCAUUUCAUUGCUCACAAAACUUAGAAUGUGAGGAUUGUCAACCAAUCGGUGACUUAUUAAGGACCUUCUUAUGCCAAACACGGUGAUAUUUAUUAUUACGUGACAAACACUGUGCUAGAAAAGAUGAAAAAUGAGACAGUCGCUGCCCUCUGGGAGCUUACAUUCUCCUUGAGUGAAGGAGGUAAAACUCAAAUCAGUCCUUUGCUCCUUUUUCACAGCCCUAAUUAAAGGCUUGAGGGAAGGGAAGGCAGGGAGUACAAUGCUAUCUAAGCUAAGGUCUCCACUGAGGGACUUGGCUUAAGGAGUAUCAGGUUAGAUUUUAGUUUUACAAGAUCUCUCUCUCACCUCUCUCCACUAGUGUGGACCAUCAUGGAAUGUCUGUUUUAAAACCACACUAACCCACCAAACUGUAUUUGCCUACCGUGUCAGGCCAAAAGGAGAGGGAACCUAAUCAUAUUUAUUUACCCCUUACCGGGCACUAAUGACCUCUUUCCUGAGAUGAGCCAUCAAGGAGUGACUCUUUUCAACCUUUAUUUUCUAUCUUGUCUCUUAUUUGUUUUACACUUUAUAAAGAAAGCCCUUUUUUCCUGCUUUUUAUGAAUGAAUUUUAAGUUAAAAAAAAAAACCUACAACUUAACAUAUUCAUUCAUUUGGAAAGAAAAUCUCAUCUUCUUUCCCAUAUCCCUCUCUUUCCGUCCUUCUUUCCCCACUCUCCCUGCAUUGUUCACUCCUUAUUUGAGAUUAAGCCUAGGAAAGGAAAUUAGAGGCCUAGCACUGUUAUCUCCUCCCACUCCCUCCCCUCAGCCCAGCUGUCCAGUGAAGGGAAGGCAGCCCCUCCCAGAGGGCUCUCUAUCUCCAUGGCAACGGAGAAAAGGCAGCACCAUGGUCUGGAGGGGACUAGGGUUAGAGGAAAGAGACCCCAUCUACUUUUCUAGGAAGAGUCCUUCCUUUCCUGAAAGCUGAAGGGGCCAGAAGGGGAAGCUCCCAAUAUUUUAACACUUAUUCUAAUUCAUCCAAAAAUUGCUUGUCUAGCCUAGAGUUAAAAAAAAAACUAACAGUUAUUUAUUCUGCCUCAGUAUCCCUUUCUGUCACCCAAAAGCCCAUCAAGGACUUACUGUGAUGAUGUAGCAGCUGGUUUAGGUCCCCUGAACCACAACUGGAAGAGCACGCCGUACUCCGCAACUCAGACAUAGACACCAUUUCCCUAAACUGCCUAACUCACAGGGUGGUUGAGAGCUGGCUUUGUACAGAACCGGAAAAGCCCGACCAUCGCAGGACAGAGGCACAGCAGACUAGCCCGCUUAGUCACAUCCUUAACAGAGCCCGGAGAGUUUAGCUCAGCUUCCAACAAAGCCGAAGCGAUGUCUAAUGAUUAGAACACGAGCAGCUGUGGAAAGAAUUUUAGUUCCCCACCCCAACUAAUCCCCAUUUUUGUGUCAGACCACACACAACACACACACACACACACACACACACACACACACACACACUCACACACACUCACACACACUCACACUUGCUUAACAUUUUCCCCUCCAAAUUGCCACACCACAUCUCCAUCCCUUCUGUUCUCUUUCUGCUUUUCAUCCCACACAGUCAGAGGCAGUGGCAACUCUGAGAAGGGGGCAGCUUUUCCCAUGGGGCAGAGAAGAGGGCUUGCAAAUGGGGCUCCACCAAACAAUUUUGCAUGAGGUUAAGAAUCCAUCAAUGAGACAUCUGCCUCUGCUUGUGGGGGUCUCAGGGGCUGCUAACAAGCUGAAUCCUUGAGAAGCAGCAAGAUUCCAGGAGAGAUGUGCUUUUCUGCAGCCUUUGGUUAUAUUUUAAAAAGCACAACUCCUCUCCUGAGGCAAAUUUCACUUACACCACCACUCAAAAGAAAAUGGCAUUUAUAGAUCAUUACCACAGCCUUUUCUUACAUGUUUGCUUGUGUGGAGUGAGGAAAAAAAAAAAGAGCAGAGCUUUAUGCACCGUCAAAAGGGAAGCAGAACCCAGCCUUGUGAAUUUUGUCACUAAAUGAAUAGCUAGCCCAGAAGAUGCUGCAAAUGCAGGAGCCUGGAUAACUGAAAGCCACCUGAAAGGAGGGGGGGAAAUUAGCUUUCUAUAGAGUGGAGAGGACCAAAAAAUGUAGAACAUGGGCCCCUGUGCUGAUAAUAGUAAGAAUGGUAGCCCUGCUUUUGUCAGCCAAAUGGUUCUGCCAGCCCGGCAGUCCUUUCCUCUGGCUGUCCCCCAAAGUCAUUCAUUCAACCAGGUGCCCCCUUUGUCAAGACAGCUUUGGACCUUGUCAGAAAAAAAUCCUCUCUCUCUCUCUCUCUCUCUCUCUCUCUCUCUCUCUCUCUCUCUCUCUCUCUCUCUCUCUCUCUCUCUCUCUCUCCUCUCUCUCUCUCUCUCUCUCCUCUCUCUCUCUCUCUCUCUCUCUCUCUCUCUCUCUCUCUCUCUCUCUCUCUCUCUCUCUCUCUCUCUCUCUCUCUCUCUCUCUCUCUCUCUCUCCUCUCUCUCUCUCUCUCUGUCGUUGGUUGAAGCAAAAAUACAUGAACUGAAAUCAGAUGAAAUUGUAAAUGCAUGUUGCUCUUGGUAAGAAUGCAGGAUUGGAUUUUGAAGUCUUUUAUUCAAAUCCCAUUCUCUUUUUGUUCUUUUUUGCUGGGUUUCUGUUGUGCUGUGGAAUGGCAUGGGUGCCCUCUGGUGCUGGAGACUCAGUACUGCUCACUUGUCUUCCAACAAUAAAUAAGGAUAAAUUGUUGGAAAAAAUUACACAGAUUUAUAGACAGAUUUUUUUCCCCCAAAUCCUGUUGGGGUUUUUUGUUAGGCUCACCUUUGGAGUUUCUCGUGGUCACACUGAUUCCCGUGUUUUCAGCAUUUGCUUAUCUUAAUGAUUUGAAGCAUUUCCAAGCAAGACAGGGGCAGCAAGCGUGGCAUGGGUGUCACUGGUGAGACAUGGAAUGUAAUAGGAAAUGAGGGUGCCUAGCAUAAAAAUCCUUUCUUGAAACAGAAAUGCUUGAUAUAUUGGCCUUGGCAGCACUUGUCUAGCUUGCCGUGCCAAUAAAGUUAUUGAAAUUGAUUGAAUUCCUUUUGUUCAAGUGGAAAAACUGGACAGAAAGCUAGCAUGUCCCCGAAUGACAGCUAAAUGGGGCAGCUAGGUGAACAGUCUAUAGGAAGUGACGGGUGGGUGGGAACCAAGAAGAAGGGGGGGGGGGGAGUAGGAGAGGAGGAGAGAGGAAUGUUGCCAGAGAAGUCAUGCGCUCACAGAUAGUUUCUUUUUGACUUGUUUUAGGCUCUACAAGUACAGCUGGUCUUUAUUUUCACUCUGUGAUCACUGUGAGCAGUCUGUGGGUUCUUAACCAUUUGGGGGGCCAUUGUUGACAUUGAUGGGCCUUUUCUCUCAAUCAUGUUUCUGAAUGAAGAAAAUAAAAUGCACAGGGAUUACAAAAGAAACCAAUUUUACCAAAAUAGCAUUCUCCAAAAGAAUUUUGUGUUUUUAAGUUCAUGGACCCAAGGUGAAGUGACUUGAAUGCUGUCCUUUAAUGCUAUAUGGAAAAAAACAUUCCUUGCAACUUCAUAAGCAUAUUGGGAAAUGAUCACCAGUCUAGCAUAAAGGAUUUAGUGUUAGAUGUAAGGAAAUCCAUUCUAUCCAAAAGCAAAGCAAAGGGUCACUAAGGAAAUUUUUUGGUAUUUCCUUCUCUGGAAGACCUCACAGGAAUGAGCUUCUCGUUGGAUCUGCCUGAGAUUUUAGAAGCUGGUCAAAUGGACUAGAUCCUUCUCUUCCUUGAAAGGUAGCCCCACAGCAGUCAGAGGAUUAACCCCGUUUGCCAUAAAUCGUGGUACUGAGAAAGCUUUCAAAACUGUUCUGCAUCUAUGUCCCACAUCAGUAUACCCGAGUACAUUUGAAUUCUAGAAGUUCUUUUCAUUUUGUAUGAGUAGUCAAAAAUGUUAAAAAUGUGAUUACUUUUCAUAAUCCAUGUAUUGAGCUGAAUAGGCUGAUGGCUGUUUGAUCUGUGUGCUUUCCCACAUUGUUGCUGGUGUUGUUUUUCAAUAAAAUUUAUAUUCAUUUUUA